AUGCCGGCCGACAGCCUGUUCGACAUGGCCCGCCGGGCAUGUGGGCGAUACAGUGCCCGCAUCACAGACAUCGGAGACCUGGACUACGACCUGGUGCGCCCGGUGCUCCUGAAAAUCGAGAGUCCCGAGAAAUUGCACCAACUCGAACAGGCCUCUCCCCAGAUCAUAGGCAAAGACGCCGAGCUCUGGAUGAACUUCAUCAAACGGGACAUCCCCGACUGGCACUUGAAACCGCAUGAGCCCAAAGAUCCCAAGAAGUGGUACAAGGUCUACUGCAAACUCAAGGAGGAGGCACGCCUGGACUCGACCGCCGACGAGGCGAUGCUGAAGGCCGCCCUGGCCAACAUCAAGAACGAGAAGGAGCAGAAUGUGACGGAGAUCGCGUCCAGAGUCAACUAUGCCCCCUCCAGGAGGUCUCGCAUGCAAUACAACUCCGUCAGCGGGCGCGCCGGGAGCAAGGGAGCCAACAAGAUGACUUUGAUGGAGAAGAUCAGGAAGGAAGCCCGCGACGCGAAGGCCUCCAGGAUGAACAGACCCAUGCACGAGUUGCCGAAGCGGGCCACCGCCGUCGCCAAACCUCCCCAGCAAUUCGUCGAGGAAUUGAAGCAGAAAGCCGCAACCACAGUGUCCCAUACGCCCACACGAAGAGUCGUGCCGGUCCAGACUCCAAGGCCACCGCUGCAUGCCCCGAGGCCAAAGCGCCCAGAAAUCGAAUCCUCAUCUUACGACCUGAUGAAAGAUCGCGAAGCGAGACUGCGUGCGUUGAAAAAUGGCAACCCGGCCCCGGGUUCUACAGGCUCAAUGCCGCAACCGACUGCGAUAAGCCCACCCAUGACACAGACAGAAUCACCCAGUCAGGACCGCCUGACGCUCGACUUUUUGGAAGACCCAGAGAAGGAGGACGGGGAACCACCACGGAAGCUGCUCAGGUUGGAUGUGAGCGACAGGCCGAGGUCAGCGAGUCCGAUGAAAGUCAAUGCCCAGCCACAGAUGCUGAAGCGGAAACCGCCUCCUUCGCCUUUCAUGGCGUCAUCGAGGAAGAUGGUAAAGAGACCAGGCAUAUUCUAG